UUAACUGGGACCUAGAAGACGCUGUCAAAGUCCAUGACGUCACGGUGAGCUAGGGCGGGAACUUCAAGGUGGCGUCGCCACUCGCCUCUGUGUUUUUCGUUUCUUUAUUGCUUACCAAGCGGCUUCUCGCGGUAAGAGUGGUGUUUUCGGUAUUGUGCAAGGGUAAUCCACUGAUACAGAAGAAAUCAUUUUUCCCUUUAGUUUCCCUUGAAGCUUUUAAUCCAAUUGGCACCUGAAGUAGCACGCGUAAAUAUGCAAAAAGUGUUUCUAUCCACGCAUUAAAUGCCGGCGUUAAAUUUGGAUUGUUUCUUUUUCUUUCACAGGUUUGCAGGGACGCAACCAUAUAUAGUGGAUGGGUGUCGUUCGGGAGAAGACGUGGGAGGCGCUCUUCUGGUCGAGCAAGGUGUUGGCGCUCGUGUGGCGCAACGUGUGGAUACGGCGGCUGCGCCGGCAGCUGACGGCCACGGUGCUCGAGCUGGCGCUGGCCGCAUUCGCCCUGGCCCACUUACCGCCCGGCAGCAAGGCCGGCGGCACCAGCGUGGAAGCGUACCACGAACGCGAGCAACGGCCACCCGAGCAGCUCGACGCGCACCACUUCCCCGAAAAGCUCGUGCUCGACGUGCCCAACCAUGUGCUCGACGUGUUCGUCGAGAUGGUCAAGCUCAAAGGACGUUUCUCGAGCAAGCGGCACCGGCAAAUACGCCUGUUCAUAAACGGCCAUGAAGUGGACGAACCCAUGGAUGACUUCGGGAAUAUACCUAAACACAAAAUGCGGAGGAUUCUGGUAACACAGGUGAAUAACGAGCGGGCGCUGCUGGAGACUUGCGCGGAGACAGAUUUCAGGGGCAUCUGCGCUCUCGUGCGCACUUUCAGCGGAGGCUCUGCCAAGAGCGUCAACUACACCUGCUACGUGAACGGACAUCUGUCGCCACCAGUGCUGCGGACCCGGAGGGCCGGCUACGCGCUGCGAACGGCGCCUAUCGAAGGAGAGAUCACGGAAUGCCAAACGUUAAUAGAAUCGCUCUUGCUUGGAAAACACAUCUCGAUCACGUCGCCGUCUGUCCACCCUGUGUCCCAGGUAUUUCCCGUGCCCCGCUACCCGAAGCCGCCUCCCAUGAAUGACGUGGUCGCCAGCAUGUGCUUCCUCAUCACCUACAUGAUGCCAUUCAGCCGCUCGGUGUGGACCGUCGUCGAAGAGAACAACUCGGGCAUGGCGUCGAUGCUUCGCUCCAUGGGCACGAGCGACCUGGUGUACUGGCUGGCCCACUUCGUCUCCAUCUUCGUGCACGUGUCGUUCUACUCGGUGAUGGCGGCGUUCUUCAUGGUCUACAACACGUACCGCUUGUCGGGGGGCGUCCUCAGCUACGAGGACUACGAGCACACCCGAGACUACACGCCCUACCUGAGCGACAGCCUUAUGCGCCGAGACGUGCUGAUCGCUCUGUUCACGAUGUUCGGCGUCCAGACGUCGCUGCACGCCAUGCUGCUCUCGUGCAUCAACACCAGGCCGCUGAUGGCGACGGUGCUGGCCGCUUGCUACUGGACGGCGAUGUUCGCCAUGAGCCGGCCCUGGUCGACGCUGGAGGACUAUCUGUUCGACGACCGCUACCCCAAAUACCUGUCGGCCAUGUUCCCCGUCAACAUGCUCUACGUCAGCUUCUUCCACAUACGCUGGACCAUGUACUUCGGCUUCGUGGCCGACUGGAAAAUACUGUCGCGGAAGGGAUUCAACGUGGACAACCUGCCUCUCGGCGUCUGCUGGCUUGCCACAAUCCUGAGUUGCGUCCUCAUGGUGGCCCUCAUCUGGUACCUGACGCACGUGCUGCCUUCCGUAUGCGACCACCCGCUGGCCCUUGGAUUCGUGUUCACGAAGAGCUACUGGUUCCCCAACACGAACAAGGUGCUGGAAGUGCCGGCGACGCCCGAGCAGCAGCCGAGUGCUCUCGAAGAGCUUCCCGAGAGCGUAAACGUCGUCGUGGAAGCCGACAACCUCACCAAGGUGCGUCGUUGA